AUCCAAAAAUAUUCAUACACAAACACGCGAAAAAAAAAUUCCGACACAAAAAACUUUGUUUGCUUUUUUAUCUCUCUUUUAUUUCUUGAAAGGCUACGACAAAACAAGACGAAUGAAUACAUUCAAGAUAUCAUAUUUCGUUGUGGUAUUCAUAAUGGUGUUGGCCAUUGCUAUAACACUUAGCGAACCGUUAAGGGUUGAAGCGAGCCACCGAGACAAAUAUGGUCGGGUGAUAGCCGCCACACGAGCAAAAAAAGGUGGGAACCGUACAAGUGCAAUGACAUGUGAUAAGAGCCCCAAAGUAUGUCGUCUCAAAGGCAGUUCAGGUCGUGAUUGUUGUCGUAAGAGGUGUGUGGACUUGAGAACCAACAAAUUGAACUGCGGAAGAUGCGGGAAAAGCUGUCAAUACUCGGAAGUUUGUUGCAACGGAUACUGUGUGAACCCGAUGUUUGAUAAAAGACAUUGUGGAGGUUGCUUUAAGAAGUGCAACAAAGGAAGAUCGUGUGCAUAUGGGAUGUGCAGCUAUGCUUGAAGAAACAAUGGGUUAUAAAGGUUACUGCGAAACGGAUGUUUAAUUUGUUGGAUUAAAUUGGUAUUACAAUCUGAAAUUAAAAUUUUAUAUAGCUAGCUUAAAUAAGGAUGGUCAUCUUGUUACAAAAUUAGAAAGGGUCGUGUCAAAGUUUGCCAUCAUUACUGUGUAUGUUUAACUUUUAUGACUUGUCAUGUAACAAACCAAUGUAUUAUGCUAUGUAUUAUGUUUUAUGGAUGAUCUUAAUUUAUUAUACUUUAUACUUUUAUAUGAUGUAUUUUUUUUUUCGUCGAGCGGUCGGAAUAAUGGCUUUGUUUUCUUGUAAUGAAU